GGCCCCGCCCUGGGCUACGCCGUGGCCUUCGUGGACAACAGGAUCCACAAGGACAUGCUGCUGGAGCUGACCAAGGAGCUGAUGAAGGACCUGGGCGUGACGGCCGUGGGCGACGUCAUCGCCAUCCUGCGCCACGCCCGCCUGGUGCACCGGCAGGAGAUGUGCCGGGCGGCCUCGGAGGCGCUGCGGCCCCGGGCGGAUCACCGGGAGCGGGAGCGCCGGGAUCACCGGGAUUGGGAUCACCAGGAUCGGGAUCGCCAGGAUCACGGGGAUCGGGAGUGCCAGGAUCCCGGGGAUUGGGAUCGCCGGGAUCCUGGGGAUUGGGAUUGCCGGGAUCCCGGGGAUCGGGAGCGCCAGGAUCACCGGGAUCCCCGGGAUCCCCGGGAUCCUGUCGGGGCGGCGGGCAGGAUGAUCACCAAGAGCCUGAGCCGGGAUCCCGCCCCCCGGCGCCCCCCCGGCGCCGGGAUCUGCGUCACCGUCCCCAACGGCGCCGGCGGCUCCGGCCCCGCGGCGGCUCCGGCGGCUCCGCGGCGGCGCCGGGUGACGGCGGCGGCGCCGGGGCGCUACCGGAUCUCCGUGCCCGAGCGCCGGAUCCCGCGGCAGAUCCCACGGCAGAUCCCAGGUGCGGAUCCCCGGCGGAUCCCCGGCGGAUCCCCAGCGGAUCCCCGAUCCCGCAGCCCCCCCUCGGGGGUGUUCAGCCGCCUGGGCGCGGCGCCGGGGGACUCGCCGGGGGAUCCGCCGGGGGAUCGGCCGGGGGAUCCGGUGGAUCCCGAGGCGCUGCCGUACGCCGGCGUGCUGAAGCGGCGCCGCGAGGGCGCCGGGCCGGCGGCGCAGGACGGCGCCGUGAGCAGCAGCAGCUCCGGCGGCGUCUUCCGCCGGCUGGGCCGCCCGCCCCGCUGA